AUGUCCUCCUGGGCCACGGCGCAACACCCAAAAUCGAAGAAUACGAUGGCUCCGACGCUCCUACCGAGCGUUCCGAUCAGCGUGGACAGGCAAGCCGACCAGUACACCGAGUUUUAUGCGUGCCGGGCGGGGUCCGGGGCCAGCAAGGGGCCAGUGAAGGUAUAUGCGAGUUGGAAGGGAGCAAUAGAAGUGCGGACGUGGGAAGUGUACCUUGGCGAUGACGAGCAAGAUCUCCGGAAAGUGACUACGGGUGCGCGGAAUGGAUUUGAGACGGAGAUCCGCGUGAGUGGAGCUGGGAGCUACGUGAUGGUUAAGGCCGGGUCCGCUCAGACCGAGGUUGCUCGGGUACAAAGCUGUUAA